AUGUGUGACGAUGCUUUCCUAGUUUUGGAUCCAUCGUAUCGCACAGCGGUCAACCUGACUCCGGAAAGCAUGCGAUACUCCGCGGCCAUCGUUGCUAACCUUGCAGGUGCUAUUCAGGCAACAGAGAUCUUGUUCGCCCUUACGUCGUUGAAGGACUGCGGUGCCAGCGUUUCAUUGCAUUACACCAUCUGCUACAGCUUUGAGAUCACACAGGCCUUGCGUGGUUUACAAGAGAAUGUCAAGUCUUGA